UGAGCCGUUAAGCAUGAAAGUAAAUGAGGGGACGAGGAGGAACACACCAACGAAGAAGAAAUAAGGCUUCAAGUCAUUUUCCGGGUGUUUGUCGGUGCUGAGUGUGGACCAGGACGCUGAGCAGGAUGCUGCUGGUUCUGUCUAACGAACAUAAAGAACAUCUCUCCUUCCUGCCGAAGGUCGACACGGCAGUUGUUGCUGAGUUUGGUCGCAUAGCACUGGAGUUCCUUAGGAGGGGAAGCAGCCCCAAGAUCUAUGAGGCAGCAGCCAGAAAGCUCUGUGUUCCUGUGGAUAUGGUGCAGCACGGAGUGGAAGGCCUGAUGUUCCUAAUGACAGAGAGCUCCAAACAUAUGAUCUCUGAAGUGGAUUUUCUGGACUCUGUGUUAGCCUUGGGGUUUGGUGAUGAGCUCAACCAGAUCCUCGUACAGCUCUACCUGCAGCACCAACGUCCAAUCCGCAGCAUCCUGAGUCAGCUGCCCUCGACUCUACCUGCCUACCACAACCUGGAGUGGAGACUGGAUGUGCAGUUGGCCAGUCGCUCGAUCCGUCAGCAGGUCAUUCCCACGCUGACAAUGCGCCUGCUCCUAACAAGAGGCUGUGACGGCGGCAUCAGCAGGGUUCUCCAGACAGACCCCAGCACCCUCCUGCACCUCAUCUCCACACUGGAGGUCGCUCUGGCUGCCAUGAAAACAAGCCACUCUCGACGCAUAUUACGCAAUAUCAAAUAACCGCCCAGGUGGCGUUCUGUUUCUUUGUGUUCCUCUUGCCACCUGUAAAAUACCACAUUACUGCCUUUAUACAGAGAAAACAUGAGAAACACAUGUCUCUUUAUUCUUCAGACUGAGAAAUUAUCAUAAUUGUAUUAUCUUUUUAUUACCCUAUGACCCAAUUGGUAUUGACUGUAUUGUACAUAAUGUUUCUACAGUGCUGCUCAUGUUGCAUUAAAGUGUAAGAUACA